AUUUCAAGUCCACCGUCGCGUCAUCGCAAAGGAGAAAAAAGAGAAACACCCGUCGUUCUGCCUAUCCGCUUCUUUUUCCUUUCCACAUAAACUCCACCUUAAAGAGGUAGAAGUUGGAUGAACUUCCCUCCGCACGAACGUUGUACAUUUUUUCCUAGGCGUGAUUUACCUGCACUGUUCAUAUUAUUUUUCGCAACAUUCUCCGGAACGUUUCCAUCAUUUGUGAAGACCUUUGCGGGAAGCCAAUUUCACCUCGCGUGCUGCGCCAGAGGGGCUAAACGAAAUCACAUUUUUUGUAAGGAGGCUACUGGACGGCAAACCGUGCCGUAGCAGGUGUAUAGAACGCGUAACGAGCAAAUGGCGGGAUCUGUUUGGAACAGAAACAGCUGGCACUGGGAAGAGAAGAACUAUAACAAAUGGGGAGAGUCCUACAUAAAAAAUAAACUGUCCGAUUUGAAAAUCGAAAAGGAAGGCCUUUCCGUCUACUUCGACAGGGUGGACAUUUCCGGAAAUGCCUCCGUGUCCAUCCGGAAGGGAAAACAAAUAAACUCCUUCGAGUACGUAAUAAAGUUCGACUGGGCCUUCUCCAAAAAGGGGGAAGACAAGGAAUACGCUGGAGGGACCGCAGAAAUUUUGGACUUUUCAAAUUGUUCCGUUGAGGACAACGACUACGCCAUCAACGUUGAGCUGAUUGGAGACAAGGAGGAGUCCACACGCGCCUACGACAUUCUGAGGAGGGAGGGAAAGGAGAAAAUAAAAAAUGCCUUGAAGGAUUUCCCAGCGGAUCUACUGAAGCAUGACUCGAACGAAUGUAAUUUUUGCGCGCUCGGAGGAAGAAGUGCAAACAAGGAACAGAAGAUCCUAGCCGAGGAAGAGGAAAAACUGCAAAAGGCAAAGCUGCAAAACGUGCAACAAAACCAACCACAAGGCGCAGCUGCAAAUAGUAUGAACAGUGUGAACAAUGCGAACAGCGCAAACCACGUAAAGGAAAGCAAAGAGGAGGAAAAAAAAGAAGGGUCCAUUUGGAACAUCAACAACUACCAUUGGGAAGAGAAAUGCCUAACCAAGUGGGCCCAGGAGGAAUUAAAAAAUAUGCUAGACAGCUCCACAAUACAACUGAGCAAUAACAUUUCUUUGCAACUGUUCAGUUCUGAAGUUGACGGUGAAGCUUCUUCCAGUUUGCGAAAAAAAAAAAAAAUAAUAAUUUACGACUUAAAAAUUAAUUCCGAAUGGAAAGCUUUUAAAAAGAAUAAAAAUGGCCAAGUCGAAAUGGAGGUCACGGGGCACGUCAUUGUGAAUGACGUCAUUUCGGAUUUCUCCUCUCACGACGAUAGCAAGUACACAUUUCAGUUCGUCUUUGACAGUGCCCGACCGGAGGGAGCGGCCAUGAACGAGGUGAUUAGGAAGGAGGGACCAGCGCAGAUCGAGAAGAUAAUAGAAGCCUUUAUUUCGAAGAUGAUGGAGAAGUAA